AUGUUGCCGAUUACAGCGAUCUUAGGGGCAGCUAUUGCUGUCCUGGUUCUUUCGCGUGUCCUGCGGAUUGGGCGUAGGCCGAAGAAUUAUCCCCCUGGACCUCCAACGUUACCCAUCUUGGGAAAUCUUCAUCAGAUGCCCGCUCAAGAUGCCCAUCUUCAGUUCGAGAAAUGGGCUCGUGAGUACGGUCCAGUCUACAGUUUGAUGCUGGGCACCAAGUGUAUGAUUGUACUGUCCAGUGAUGAGGCUGUCAAGGAGCUUCUCGAUAAGCGAAGUGGUAUCUACUCGCACCGGCCCGAAUUGUACAUUGGCCAGACUUUGUGCAGUGGUGACCUCAGAAUGCUGAUGAUGGGCUACGGACCAACAUGGCGCGGAUUCCGCAAAAUGGUGCAUGGCUUGCUCAACGUGACCACGUCCAAGAAAUACAUCCCCUACCAGAUGCUGGAGAACCGGCAGAUGCUGCAUCAGUUCCUGACUGAGCCAGAAGGGUUCUUGAAGCACAUCCGCCGAUACUCCAACGCCCUCACAACCACUAUGGUCUUUGGCUGGCGCACACCCACAUACGAAGACGAAAAGAUGAUGCAAUUAUUCGACGGCUUCUCUGAAUUCGCAGACCUCAACCAAGCCGGCACAGCGGCAAUCAUCGAUUUCUUCCCAUGGCUCCGAAACCUCCCCGACUUCCUCCUCCCCGCACAGAAAAAGGCCAAAGAGCUCCACAAGAAGGAAAAAGCACUCUACCUCAGCCACUGGCUCCGCGCCAAGGAAGAGACCCGCGAAAACAGAAUCACGCCCUGCUUCAGCGCUGGAAUGUAUAAAGCCCAAAAGCUGGAAGGCUUCAGCGACGACCAAGCCGCCUACAUCUCCGGUACUCUACUCGAAGCCGGCUCCGACACCACCUCAAGCACCCUCUACGCCUUCGUCCAAGCCAUGCUCCUCUACCCCGACGUCCAACGCAAAGCCCAAGAAGAAAUUGAACGGGUCGUCGGACCCAACCGUCUCCCCGUCAUGGAAGAUCUGGCCGAUCUGCAAUACAUUCGCUCCUGCAUGAAGGAAAGUGCCCGCUGGAUGCCGACCACCAUCCUCGGCGCCGUCCCCCACGCCGUCACCCAAGACGACGAGUACAAGGGCUACCUCAUUCCCAAGGGCGCUGGUGUUAUGAACAACGUCUGGGCAAUCCACAUGGACCCCGCUCGCCACCCCAACCCCCGAACCUUCAACCCCGAUCGGUACCAGAACGACCGCCAGAGCUUCGGCGAUGCGGCGGCCAACCCCGAUGCCUCACAGCGUGAUGUCUUUACUUUCGGCGCGGGUCGUCGUAUUUGUCCCGGUAUCCACGUUGCCGAGCGCAGUCUGUUCCUGGGUAUGUCUCGCAUUCUGUGGGCAUUUGAUAUCACACCGGAGAGCGAUGCCAACGGCCGUCCGAUUCUGCCGGAUGCGGACCGCUUGACACAGGGCUUCGUGUGUAUGCCUGAAGAGUUCCCGGCGAAGAUUACGCCGCGAUCGCAGGCACGGGCGGAUCUGGUGACGAAGGAGUGGGAAGAGGCUCAGAGGGACUGUCUGGACCCUGAGACGAGACAGUGGGUCCAGUCUCCUGUAUCAGCAUAA